GCUGACAUACCUCAGGCUUCAACUCUGAUUGGUCCUCGUUUGGAGAAGCUCAUGGGUUCAUUCCGUUGUUAAGCGCCUCCCCAUUUCUCUAAACUACAUUAUAAUGCAACGAACCUCCCUUUUAACCACAAACCGAAUUUGCUUUCAUUUAGGCUAUAUAUAUUUCUUAAAUAGGUUAAAGUCAUAGAGAUUUUUUUGGAAUAGCAUUUCGCCCUGGAGCGGUGCGCAAUGCUAUCUCACGCCGACCUCCUGGAUGCUCGCCUCGGGAUGAAGGAUGCUGCGGCGGAGCUCCUGGGCCACAGGGAGGCUUUAAAGUGUCGGCUAGGUGGAGGGGGACCUGACCCGGGACACUCCGGGGAGCUCGGCCCGGGUCCGGACGGUGUGGAAGGAGCCACGAUGCUCCCGGGUGAUGAUAUCAGCAGCGGCGGAGGAUCCAACCCGGUGCAGGUCAACAGCAAAGAGCAGGACAAGCAGCAGCAGCAACAGCAGCAGAACAACAACAGCAACCCCAACCAGUCUGGGGGGCAGCAGACCCAGAAACAGAAGAGGCACCGGACCCGCUUCACGCCGGCGCAGCUCAACGAACUGGAGAGGAGCUUCGCCAAAACGCACUACCCAGACAUCUUCAUGCGGGAGGAGCUGGCUCUGAGGAUCGGACUGACAGAGUCCAGAGUGCAGGUUUGGUUUCAGAACCGACGCGCCAAGUGGAAGAAGCGCAAGAAGACCACCAAUGUGUUCCGGGCUCCGGGGACUCUCUUGCCGACCCACCACGGGUUGCCGCAGUUCCCGUCCGCAGCGGCAGCGGCUGCGGCCAUGGGGGACAGCCUGUGCUCCUUCCACGCCAACGACACCCGCUGGGCCACGGCCGGGAUGCCCGGUGUGUCGCAGCUGCAGCUACCGCCGGCUCUGGGCCGCCAACAGGCCAUGGCGCAGUCUCUGUCUCAGUGCAGCCUGGGAGCCGGGCCGCCCCCCAACUCUAUGGGUCUAUCCAACAUGUCGUCGAACGGCUCCGGGCUCCAGUCACACCUCUACCAGCCCACUUUCCCCGGGAUGGUACCCGCAUCCCUUUCGGGCCCGACCAAUGUGACCGGCUCGCCUCAGCUGUGUAGUUCCCCGGACAGUGACGUCUGGAGAGGGACAAGCAUCGCCUCUCUGCGCCGUAAAGCGCUGGAGCACACAGUAUCCAUGAGCUUCACCUAGUGACAAGGUGACACUCAGAGCUUUUCUUUCACUCACAGAGAUUCUGCAUUCAGUUUUAAUGCACCCUGUCCGUCUAAACCGUGCGCCAGGAAGAAUAUUUACCCGGAUACGUCAACUCUCAAGGCGCAGAAGUGUGCACCUGGCGUUUUCUCCCCAACACAACCAAUCACAAACAAGAAGGACAACUGAAGCUAUUUAUCAGGCGUGGGCCUCUAUGAUGAAUAGGGCUGGUUCUGUUUUAUGCUAUAAUUUAUUGUUUCGCAUGUAGCCUAUGAAAAUUAUUUAUUUGUCUAUUUAAAUUAACUUAUUCGUUUGUUCAGUAUUUUAUUUAUUUGGCACAUCCAGCCCUCGUCGUUAUUGUUACAGGGCUUUCCGUGACAUUUGCUUGGUGACCGAUGGUUUUUUGAAGAACAAUUCUGUGGAUACUUUAAAAAUGCAAAAUUAUAGGUAACAUCUCUUUUCUACCUGCUGCACAGCAUGCAUCUCUAAGGGGCCACAGGCAUGCACAUGCACAUGUGGAGGUGCAGAGAGGAGGCACCUGCUCUUAAAAGAAGAGAAAGGACAGACUGAAAAGGAAACAGAGGAAUUGGACAGGAAUCAGGACAACACAGAAAAUGACUUGACUGCAUGUGCUGUCCAAGGCAAAAAAAAUAAAUAAAUGAAAAAUAAAAAAAUAGGGGAUACUAUAAAUUACGACAUGGAAAACUGACUUUAACUAUAAUCUGUUAUAUAGGAUGUUUUGUGUAGCGGAAGCACUCUUGUUCCCAUUUGGUCAGUUUGUGAUAACUUAUGUUCCAAAUUAUGUCUGUGCUUAUGAUCAGAUAUGACUUUCUUAAAUGUUUUAAUCAUUUUGUUUUCAUGGACAUGUUUAUAUCAAUUAAAUGUAAAUGAUCAAAUAAAAAUCAUUUUCAAUU